CACAGUUGGUUUCUGCUCUACAAAAGUUUAUAAUAAAAUUUUACAUGGAAAAACUAGAAUAUUUGAUUUGCUGAACAAAUAAAUAGUGAGCUCCUAUUACUUCCAGGCAUUCUAACUGGGGGUUGAGGAGACAGUGAAUAAUUUUCUUCUAUGAUGUAAGUGCUCUAAAUCAAGGUGUAGUGUACAGGAAAUAGUGACAGGGAGGGGGAGCACUAGCUCAGGAGGUGAAGGGCAUUGACAAUUAAAUUCUCACCACUUAAGAAGCACACAUGCAAACAAAGAAAUUGAAAGGCAGUGGGGUUAAGUGGCAGGAAGCAACUGAAAGAGCUGAGGAAAGAUGUCUGAGUGCAUGUUUUCUUUAGGCUUGAUGGUUAACUAGUGGGCAGGACUAUACUUUUUUGAUUAAUAUUUUAAAAGGUUUUAUGCAUACUUAAGUAUUGACAUGACUGAUCUUUAAGCAAUAUAAAGUUUUUUAAAAAAACAAAAACAAAAACCAACCAGGGGCCAGAGCUAUGGCAUAGUAGUCUAAGCCUCCGCCUGUGGCGCCAGCAUCCCGUGUGUGCACUGGUUGAUGUUUAGCUGCUCUUCUUCUUAUGCAGCUCUCUGCUUGUGGCCUAGGAAAGCAGUGGAAGAUGGCCCAAGUGCUUGGGCCCUGCACCCACGUGGGAGACCCCGGAGGAAGCUCCUGGCUCCUGGCUUCAGAUCAGCCCAGCUCUAGCCUUUGCAGCCAUUUAGGGAGUUAACCAGUGGAUAGAAGACCUUUCUCUCUGUCUUUCCCUCUCUAACUCUGCCUCUCAAAUAAUUAAAUAAAAUCUUUUAAAAAGAUCCCAAAUUUGUUAUUCCAGUAAGAAACUAAAAUCAUUUUAUACAAUUAAAACCAAAGUUAUAUUCUGCCCUUAGAUAUAUGCGCCAUAGUACUACUCCCUACUUGUGGAGAUCCAGUCAUCCCCAUAUCUUUUGGGUGUGAUUUUCAAAUAAUACUCAAAGAAACCCUGCGGGGAAAGGCAGAAAAAAAAAUCAACAGAAAGGCCUAGAGUAUACAACCAACUACUCAUUCUUAAUAGGAGUGGCUCUACUUUUAUCUUUCCUUCUACCUUCCAAAUAAGAUUACAUUUUGAAGUGAUUUGAAACCUAUGUUGUACCUCCUUCUGACUCUGAGACCUGCCAUAUACACAUGGAAAUGGCAGACCACUUUUAGGAGAAUAUCACUGGAUACUUACAAAAAACAUUUAUUUAUUUAUUUGAAAGUCAGAAUUACAGAGAAAGAGAUAUAGAAAGAGAAAUCUUCCAUCUGCUGGUUCAUUCCCCAGUUGGCUGCAAUGGCCAGGGCUGGACCAGGCUGCAGCUAGGAGCUUCUUCCAGGUCUCCCACAUGGGUAGCAGGGGCCCAAACACUUGGGCCAUCUUCUGCUGCUUUUCCCAGGCCAUUGGCAGGGAGUGAGAUCAGAAGUGGAGCAGCCAGGACAGGAACUGGUGACCAGGUAGUGGCUUUACCUGCUUUGCCACAAUACCAGCCCCCACUGGAUACUUUUUAAGACAGUUUUUCUUUCUUUUAAAAAAGUUUUAUUUAUUUUUUAAUAAGUUAAAAUGCAGAUUAACAGGAAAGAAAGAGAUUCAUCUGCUCGUUCACUCCUCCACUGCCCAUAACAGCUGGAACUGAGCCAGACUGAAGCCGUGAACCAAGAAUUCUAUACAGAUUUCAGGAGUGGGUGGAAGAGACCCAACUACUUGAGCCAUCACCUGCUGGCUCGCAAGGUGUACAUUAAUAGGAAGCUGCAUAGGAAGUGGAGGCAAGGCUCAAACCCAGGCACUCCAGUAUUGGAUGCUGGUUUCCCAAGUGGUGGCUUCACAGCUGCAGCUCUGGAGAGCUCUCAUCUGUGAAUCUGUUCCCCAAAUCCCCACAGCAACUCUCUGUCUCUCCCUUCUUCUCUGUUACUAUGCCUUUCAAAUAAAUCCAUAAAUAACUGAAUCCUAAACAAAUAUUGUGUUCUAGAUAAGGUAUAAUUGGAGGAAUCCACCAUUCUCAAAAUGAAGUUUCAUCUCCUUGAAGAUUCUUGAAAUGUCUUCCUCAAGGAAAAAUGGCUAACAUGGAUUUAUUUUCUAGUAUGCUGGUUAUGUGACCUUGGACAAGUCUGUUUCUUCAUUUAUAAGCAGAAGUCUUCAGAUGGAUUUUAAAAUUGAACACAUGUGGGAUGGUUUUCCAGUGAGGCACGAGCCAGUUUUUGUCAGACUGAAUCCAGGCGAGGGAGGAGUAAUGAUGAAAGUUAGUGCUCCAUUUUUCAAUGAUCCUCCGGCCCCUCCAGGAGAACCGGGGAAGGCUUUCAAUGAACUGUGGAAUUAUGAAGUUGUGGAAGCAUUUUUCUUGAAUGAUGUAAGUCAGCAGUAUCUAGAAGUUGAACUUUGUCCCCAUGGGCAGCAUUUGGUGCUUUUACUCUCUGGAAGAAGAAAUGUGUGGAAACAAGAACUUGCUUUAUCCUUCAAAGUGUCCAGAGGUGAGACAAAAUGGGAAGGCGAAGCUUAUCUUCCUUGGAAUUAUUUCCCACCAAGUGUGACAAAAUUCAAUUUAUAUGCAAUUCAUGGAUCAAAAGAGAAGAGAAGUUAUGAAGCUCUUUACCCUGUCCCUCAGCAUGAACUACAAGAAGGACAGAAGCCUGAUUUCCAUCGUCUAGAAUACUUUAAGCCUUUAAAUUUUAACACACUACUUGGAGAAGAAUGGAAACAACCAGAAUCAGAUCUAUGGCUGAAGGAGAAACCUGACAUAUAAGGAGUAAACUAUCAUAGAAAUCAUUUUUCCUCUAUACAUUUGAAGGUAAACCACUGAAAAGAAUCAGUCUUUUUAAGACACAAUGAACACAGUUCAACAUGAUAUUUUCAUAGAGGUUACUGACAAUAUCCUCCCUCUGUUAUUGACAAGAGAAUAAUGAUUUCAUCCAUAUGGCUCAAAUAUUUUUAAGAGUCACUUAGCCUAGGAACCAUGGUGUCAAUAGGUUUUACCUUCUGCUUGUAUUUCUGUCACCCAGUAGCUCUCAUUCUGUUAACUAAAGUCAUUAUUUUUCUCCUCACUUCCCUAAACCUCUGCAACAUCUUAUUUGUACAUUUUUGAACUCCAUGUCUAUAUAGUAAUUUUAAAACUAGAAAUCUUUCCAUUCUAGAAAUUAGUAGAAAAUAUCGACCUAUUGAAGCUGCCCAGGAAAUCAAUGUAUGCUUAGACAUCUUAGACAUCAUUAAGAUACAUGAAUUAUUUCAAUAGCUUUGUCUCCCUGUGUAGUGACUAUUUUUACUCUGUACAAAGAAAUGGAAUGAAGUAGUCUUGAAUUCAAGCAGUGCUCUGCUUUUAUGUGCAAAUCAGUGUCAUUUUCUUAAUGCUGUUACACAGGAUUAAAAUGUCUUCAUUUUACUUUGUAAGCAUCAGAUAGUCCUGGUCUAGAGUUUUCAGUUUUUGUGUUGUAGCAUUUCAGUAGAUAGUCUGUGAACUUCUUUACCAAAUGUGUUUCUCCAGGAUUCUUAACUCAGAGCUUAGGAGUCUUGCAGAAGAUGAAGAUUUACUAGCUGUAGAAGUGCAUUGUGGUCUACCUUACAGUAUACUUUUUCUACUUCUUUAUCAACGUAAGUUGAAAUUUUGGGAGGAUUUAUUCAGAUCUCCAUUUUCUGACUUCCUUUGCAGAUAGAGUGACUAUAAAAUGGUUCAGUCCUAUAAGCUCUAUGUACAGAAUUGUAUCACAUAACAGAGUUUCAGUCAAAAAUAGAUUACAUGUAUCUUGAUGGUCCUAUAAUAUUAUCAUGGAGCUGUAAAAUUCUAUUGUCUAGUGAUAUUGUGAUAUUGUAGCUGUCAUAAUGCUAUGUACAAUGCAUUACAUGUCUGUGAUGACGCUGGCGUAAAUAAGCCUUCUACACUGCCUGUCAAAUAAAAGUAUAGCACAUACUUAGUACAUAAUACUUGAUGAUAGUAAACAAGAAUUUUAUUGGUUUAUUUACCUACUCUACUAUGCUUUUUAUCAUUCUUUUAGUGUAAACUUCCUACUUAUUAACAGUAUUUACUAUAGCACUAUGCUGUGUUCCACCAACAGUGGUCUCAUACUUUUCAUGCUCA